AUGGCGGAUAAACAGCCGAAAGUGAUACUCUUUGACAUUGGUGGCGUCUGUGUAUCGUCCCCGUUCCAAGCCAUCCUCGACUAUGAGCUCGGCCUGGGCAUUCCGCCCGGCUGGGUAAACUAUUCCAUAUCCAGAACGGCGCCAAACGGCUUCUGGCAUCGUCUGGAGCGUGGAAGCAUCCCGAUGGACGACCGCUUUUUCACCGGCUUCACCAAAGACCUGCGUGACCCGGACCGAUGGGAGGCGUUCUACAAGGCUGCACAGGAGCGCAGCCGGGGCACGAUCAACGAGCUGCCAGAGCAGGUGCCACCCGUGCCGGAAGUGGCUGGCGAGCGCCUGUUUGGCGAGAUGAUGGCCUCGGCCGACGUCCCAGACCCGUGGAUAUUUCCGGCCAUCAAGGCGCUCAAGGCGAGCGGCCGCUACAUCCUGGCAGCUCUAAGCAACACAGUGAUAUUUCCGCCGGGCCACAGCCUCCACUGUGAGGACUUCUUCGCGCACCCGCUGCGCGCAGUCUUUGACGUAUUCGUGUCCUCGGCUCAUGUUGGGCUGCGCAAGCCUGAGCCGAAAAUGUAUCGGCUGGCCCUGCGCGAAGUGGACCGGUAUGCGCGCGCGAAUGCCGAAUCGCCUUCGGGAAAGGCCAACGGGUGGAAGGACGGCGUUGCAGCGGAGGACGUUGUCUUUCUCGACGACAUUGGGGAGAAUCUCAGGGCGGCCAAGCAGCAUGGGUUCCGCACCAUAAAGGUGCAUCUAGGUCGUGCCUAUGAGGCAGUGGAUGCACUCGAAGACAUCACAGGCAGCGUAGACGAAACGGUAUCCUCGACAACGCGGCCAUCCGCAUCGGUCAGCAUGGAGACAAAGCGCCAGAUUCAGCAUCUCGAUAAUGGUGCCGAUGCCGACGACUAG